CUGCCAUGGUGAGAGGGGCGGGGCCAGCAGGAGGGCGGGGCAGUGGGCGGGGCCUCACGGGGCGUGGCCGGAGACCCCGCGCCCCGAAAUGGAGGGGGCGGGGUUUAGUGGGUGUGUCUUGAUGUGGGCGGGGUCUCAAGGACACGCCCAGACCUCCGGGCUCCACGUGGCUGCCACGCGGUUGGGCGUGGUCUGGGUGGACUGGGCGUGUCCUAAUUGGGCGUGGCUCCCGUUGUGCCGGUGUGCUCGGGGGCGGGGCUCCCGGGGUGUGGUUUUGCUGUGAGCGGGGUUUCAAUGGGUGUGGUCGGUGGGCGUGGCUGACGGCAGCAUGCUUGGUGGGGUUUACCGUGUGGGCGUGGCUUCGGUGGGCGUGGCUGACGGCGGCUCCGCCCAGGGCCGCGCGGGGCGGCGGCUCCCCCAGCAGGGGGCGCUGUUCCAGGCGCGCCGGCGCGGGCGCGCGCGGGGCCGGAGGGCGGGGCUGGAGGCGGAGCUACAGCAGCUGGAUUUGGGGGUCGAGGGCGCGGUGCCCACCGGGACAGGGCUGGUCAGUGAUGGAGGGCACGGGGCCGGGCACGGCGACGGCCGCCCCCCCGGGGGUCCCCCGGCCCUCCAGGAGCUGUUCCAGCGCUGCGUCCCCGUCCAGUGUCGCCCGGCCAGCGACGAGGAGCUGCUGCUGGUGCACAGCCCCUCGUUCGUGGCGAAGCUGGAGCCCCCCGAGAGCCCCAGCCCGGGGGGCUCGGGGCCCCGCGGGGCCGUGGGGGCGGCGCUGGCGCUGCUGGAGCCGGUGCUGGGGGGGGCCCUGCGCAACGGGGUGGCCCUGAUCAGCCCCCAGGACCCCCAGGACCCCCCCCAGCCCGCGGCCGUGGCCGCUCGGGUGGCGCAGAAACAGCUCGGGGUGCAGCGGGUGCUGAUCGUGGACUGGAGCCCCCGGCCCGGGCGGAGCCUGGCCCAGAUCUUCCAGGAGGACCCCAGUGUUCUGUACUUCGGGGCCCAGCGGGGCCUGGAGCCCCCCCCGAGUGCCGGGGAUGGGCCUGGAGAGGGGUUCAGUGUGGAGCUGCGCUGGGAGCAGGCCGCUGUCACCGAUGGCGAUUUCGCCGCCGCCGCCUUCAACCUCCUGCUGCCCAUCGGCCUGCAGUUCCAGCCCCAGCUCGUCCUGGUCGAGGCUUCGCUGGAGGAUUUGGGGGUACGGGGGGGGCUGGGGGGGGGGGCUGGGGGGUCUCUAUAG